GUGUUAGGUAGGAGGAGACAGUGUUAGGUACAGUGUUAGGUAGGAGGGGACAGUGUUAGGUAGGAGGGGACAGUGUUAGGUAGGAGGAGACAGUGUUAGGUACAGUGUAAGGUAGGAGGAGAUAGUGUUAGGUAGGAGGGGACAGUCUUAGGUAGGAGGAGACAGUGUUAGGUAGGAGGAGACAGUGUUAGGUACAAUAUUAGGUAGGAGACAGUGUUAGGUAGGAGGAGACAGUGUUAGGUAGGAGGAUGCGGUGUUAGGUAGGAGGAUGCAGUGUUAGGUACAAUAUUAGGUAGGAUGAAAUUGUGUUAGGUAGGAGGAUACAAUGUUAGGUAGGAGGAGCCAGUGUUAGGUAGGAGGAGGCAGUGUUAGGUACAGUGUUAGGUAGGAGGAGAUAGUGUUAGGUAGGAGGGGACAGUGUUAGGUAGGAGGAGACAGUGUUAGGUAGGAGGAGACAGUGUUAGGUAGGAGGAGACAGUGUUAGGUACAGUGUUCGGUAGGAGGAGACAGUGUUUGGUACAGUGUUAGGUAGGAGGAGGCAGUGUUAGGUAGGAGGAUACAGUUUUAGGUAGGAGGAUGCAGUGUUAGGUAGGAGGGGACAGUGUUAGAUAGGAGGAUACAUUGUUAAGUAGGAGGAGGCAGUGUCAGGUAGGAGGAUACAGUGUUAAGUAGGAGGAUGCAGUGUUAGGUAGGAGGAUUCAGUGUUAGGUAGGAGGAGGCAGUGUUAGGUAGGAGGAGGCAGUGUUAGGUAGGAGGAGGCAGUGUUAGGUAGGAGGAGACAGUGUUAGGUAGGAGGAGACAGUGUUAGGUACAAUAUUAGGUAGGAGACAGUGUUAGGUAGGAGGAGACAGUGUUAGGUAGGAGGAUGCGGUGUUAGGUAGGAGGAUGCAGUGUUAGGUACAAUAUUAGGUAGGAGGAAAUUGUGUUAGGUAGGAGGAUACAAUGUUAGGUAGGAGGAGCCAGUGUUAGGUAGGAGGAGGCAGUGUUAGGUACAGUGUUAGGUAGGAGGAGAUAGUGUUAGGUAGGAGGGGACAGUGUUAGGUAGGAGGAGACAGUGUUAGGUAGGAGGAGACAGUGUUAGGUAGGAGGAGGCAGUGUUAGGUAGGAGGGGACAGUGUUAGGUAGGAGGAUACAUUGUUAAGUAGGAGGAGGCAGUGUUAGGUAGGAGGAUACAGUGUUAGGUAGGAGGAGGCAGUGUUAGGUAGGAGGAGACAGUGUUAGGUAGGAGGGGACCGUGUUAGGUAGGAGGGGACAGUGUUAGGUAGUAGGAGACAGUGUUAGGUAGGAGAAAAUCUGUCUGUAACUCUGAUAUCUGAAGUGAACUGUUUUUCAUGGAGUAACACCAAACUAGCUUGUCUUUAUACUAAAUGUUGAGCCUGUGUUUGUUUAUAGGGUAGUGUGAGGAGCCUCAACGCGGGGAAGGCGUGGUCCCAGGGGUAGGAGCGAUGAGUUCGCUGCGUGUCCCCGUCCUACUGGCGCUGCUGGUCCUCCUGCUGACCGCUGGAUUCUGCAAACAGAGCUCUGUGCACGUGAGCCCGGGGGCGACCACAGGGGCGGGCACAGACGGACGCAACCUCCUGGAGCUCAUCAUGGACAAGGUGCGUCUGACGCGGCAGCAGCAGGACGAGGUACACGUGCGCUACCCCGCCAAAAAACAGGAGUUCACCUUGGAGACCAAGGAGAGGAAUGAAGUGAACAAGUCUCACCAUGGAGAACACAUCAUAGAGGUGUUCCCCAGAGACCUGAGGCAAAAGGAGAAGUUCCUCAAACACCUAACAGGUCCACUAUACUUUAACCCAAAGUGUAGGAAACAUUUCUAUAGACUAUACCACAACACCAGAGACUGUACCAUCCCUGCCUACUAUAAGAGGUGUGCCCGUCUUCUCACCAGAUUGGCAGGCAGUCAGAGGUGUACAGAGAGGUAGAAUACCCUGAGCCCAUGAAAGAGAGAAGUGCCUUGGAAGAUGAACAGACAGACUGCUAGUACUAUCUAUAUGUGUCAUGGGGAACGUUAGUUAUGUUAGGACGUUCAUAGAAGCUCACACAUACUCUACUCUACUCUACUUUACUCAAUUCUACAUUCGGACAAUCUCCGAGUUCAGCUGCCAAAAAACCAUGACGACACGUGGAAGUUAUUUUACGACACUUGGAUUAUAUCAUGACACUAUGCGGGAGUGCUUCUGUAUUCAUUGACAUGCCUUCAUGGGUUAGAACAACAACAUUUGGUUGGAGUUUGGUUGGUGGUCUCUGAGCUGUGGUUGUAGACAGACAGACAGACAGACUGACAGACAGACAAAGACAGACAGGCGGACACACGGACAGACAGACAGACACACGGACGGACAACCAGACAGACACACGGACAGAUAGACAGACACACGGAC